GGAGUUUUGCUUUGGUGUGAAUCAGAGUCAAAUUGCAGCACACGUCACAGAAACUCCUUCACAACACGACACAUAACGGGACAAAGAGCGGACGAGACCCGGCUCUCGUCUGGUUUAGCUUCAUCUUUCCAGAGGAUAACGGAAAUAAAACAAAGAUCUAUGAAUAUGUUUUCUCUGGAUUGAAGAGAGAAGCACAAACGCACGCGAGCAGAGCAUUCUUCGGCUUUCCCUUUCAACCGGAAACUCGCCAUUUAACGUCGAAGAGUUGGAUUUUUUGCGCAUCUGUUUUAUUCAAACGUAGAUUGAGAUUACAUAUCGGACAACCCAGCCAUAUGCGGACUGUAAAGUGUAAACAAAAUACAUAUAUUUCUGAAGGAAAGUGAAUGGCGCUCGGUGCACGCGCCGCCCAUCGGAGAAUGACACGCGCGGCGUUUGGCGUUUAACUGAAUAUCAACUAUAUUUUUAGUUGAUUUAGGGGUUUUAAACAGUCAUGAUGUUCGCAGGAAUGAUCAGGGUGGAAAACAACUCAAUAACCCACAAAAGUGCCACCGACUCCAGGUGUCACCGGUGCGCUGUGAGGACAGGUGCUGUGAGUCCGCCGGCGGCAGCGGGAUGCCAUCGCAGGAGGAGCUUCAGACGCCCGGGAUACAUGCGUUUAGAGCCGCUUAACCAGUCACGUGACUCCGACCACGUUUCUGACUCGCCUACUACUGAGAACACUCAAAAGAGAGCUUUGAAAUUACCCAGCAGCCCCAGUGAGCGAUGGCUUGGGGAGGUCUUCAAGAGAGACAACGGCCAAGAAUCUUCCCAAACUCACCAUUUGGGUGACGCUAAGGAAAAUUCCCCAGUGCCAUCGCGCAACGAUUUCAAAUCCAGCUUCAGUUUCAUUCAGCAGUCGCUAGAAACUAGAGAUCUGUUAGAUGUGAGCACAAACAAAUCUGUGAGCAAACUGUCUGAAUGGGACAGAAGGAAGUCUGAAACGUCACACUCGGCUGCUUCAGAACCUCACACUGCUUUAGUAGUAAAUCACUUGAGCCAAUCAGAGAUCAGUACUGUUCCGACUAGCCAAUCAGAGAUCAGCACUGUUCCAACUAGCAAAUCAGAGAUCAGCACUGUUCCGACUCGCCAAUCGGAGAUCAGCACCGUUCCGAUUCGCCAAACGGAGAUCAGCACCGUUCCAACUAGCCAAUCAGAGAUCAGCACCAUUCCAACUAGCCAAUCAGAGAUCAGUACUGUUCCGACUAGCAAAUCGGAGAUCAGCACUGUUCCAACUAGCCAAUCAGAGAUCAGCACUGUUCCGACUAGCAAAUCGGAGAUCAGCACUGUUCCAACUAGCCAAUCAGAGAUCAGCACUGUUCCGACUAGCAAAUCGGAGAUCAGCACUGUUCCAACUAGCAAAUCAGAGAUCAGCAAUGUUCCGACUAGCCAAUCAGAACAUGAGGUUUUCUCUCUAAGCAAUUCACCUGGGUCCAUUGGUCAGCAAAAAAGUCUUUUAUUGGCCCGAGAGCUGUGGCUAGCAGACCUGGAUGUACAGAUUUCGUCCUUCACGACGUCUUAUGCUAAAGAAAGCGUCCAGGACUCUGACUCUGGCUCUCUGGACACUGAAGUCACGUCUUCGUUCUCCAUCGACUCGUCAGACUCGACCUCGGCCUCGUCGGUCACAUCCGGCUACGACAGCACCACCUCGUCCUCGGAUCACAGUCGAGACGCUCGGAUAAAGAAGUGCGAGGAUGUUCUGCAAGACUGUCUGCAGAACAAUCGCACAAACACCAAGAUCGAGUCCGUGAUGAAGAAGCUCCAGAAACUACAGCACAAAGCGGUUCUGGAUGAUGAUUAUGACACAGCAGAGCACUUUGGUAAGAAGCUAGAGGAACUGAGGAGAGAGCGAGCGACGCUGAAGCCUGGUUUUCCAUCCAGACAUCCCGAAGUCUCUGGAUUUCUGGAGCGUCUCAGAGCGGCCGUUCACAGGACCGACUGCAGGCGAAAUGGUGAACCGAGUCCCGAUCAGGGAUCAAGCAGCUCUCAGAGCCGGUUUCUAACACGAGAGAAACUGUUAGAGGAGAAACACAGGAUUCAGAAGGAGAUGUGUGAUCUCCAGCGCAGGCUUCAGGAGCUUCAGGAGCGGAGCAGAGCUGUGGAGGAGCAGCUGGAGCCCGUCCUCGGCGGCUGGGAUCCGGCUCAGCUGCGGCUGAUGGCUCGAGCGCUGGAGGACAUGAUCAGCUCUGAACACCGCGUGUCUCCACCCGCAGAGAUCAUCAGACUUCAGGAGCAAGAGCGAGCACUGAGAUCCUCCAUCAAAGAGGCAACGGCUAAAGUGGUGAUGAGUCAGAGAUUGGGAUCUAGUGUACUUCAUGAAGCCAAGCUCGCAGCCCUCUCAGGAAAUGACUUGAGCAGCGCGAAGGAACUGAAGGCAGAAAUCAGGAGCGCGUACGACGAGAGAGAUCGUCUGGAGAGGAAGCUGAAGACUGUGAGCACAGGAAGUGGACGGGAUCUGAGCCACAUGAAGGAGCAACACAACCAGAUCAAACUGGAAAUACAGGAGAGAGAAGCCCAGUACGAGCGCAGUUUAAAGGAAAACACUCUGAAGUAUAUUGAGCUUCUGGAGGACAGACUUCACAGCUGUGGAAGUCCAGCACUGGAGCACAUUUGGGAGGCUGAUUUGGAGGCUUGUCAUCUCCUCCUGAAAGGCCUCGAUCAGCGCACCUCCAGCAUCUCCGAAUUGGAGGAUCUUACCUUCAUCCCUGGAUCGGGUUCAGAUGUCCUGCCAUUCACUAAAGAGGAAGCGGACUGCGCCAUGUUGACCGCUCUAGGGGGGCGCUGGUGCCCCGAGGCUGACCUCCAACACUCAGAGUUCACUAAGAAAUUAGAGGAGUUUCUCUUCUGUUUGGAGGACGCGUCUCCUGAGGAUCUGUGUGGAGAGACGACAGAGCUGGCGGAGCGCUGUGAGCUCAUCAGCGAGCGACUGCAUUACCUGGAAGAGCAGCUUCAGACCGCCAUAGAGCAGCACGACGAGGACCUCACUCUGUCCUUAGAGAAGGAGGUUCAGGAAGUGAAGGCUGCUCUUCAGACGAUGAUGUCACAGCUGAAGGAGGAGGAAGAGGAGGAGAAGUAUUGUGAUGUAGAAGAAGAGGAGCACUACUUCAGUGACAGCUGGGAAAUCUGAAGAGACUCCAGAUUUAUAUUUAUAUUGUGUUCACGAUGCCUGUGCAAGUCUGUUUUCAUACUGUCAUGUUGCACUGAGAAGAGAACACUUCAUCAUUUUCUAGUUUCAUUUACUUGCCCACAUGUAAUUUUAAGAGCACUGUACUGUACGUUUACUCUGUGCUGCAUUUUAGUGGGUUUUUUUUUUAAGGUGACGAUACAAAUCACUAUGCACUUUCAUUUCCAUCCAAGAUCACAUUUUUGUUUCAUGCGAGUGAAAAAAUAAAUUGUUUUGAAUGACAUGUGGGUGAGUAAAUGUUGACAGAAAUCAGUUUUGGGUGAGUUAUUACUUGAUUAGGACCUCUAACCAAUUUGCAUCUCGUCAAGAGUUGCCUUAAAAUAUAACUUGCAAUUUUAUUCUUAUUCUAAUCAGUUAGUGUUUAUUUAUUUACUUACUAUAUUUUACAGCUGUUUUUUUUGCUUUGACAGCACAUUGCUUAUUUCAUCAAGUUAUUUGCAUAUAUUUGAACAGCAUGGCGUCAUAUUUAUUUAUCGAAAUUGUUUUGAUUAUAUCAUUAUUAUUUAAAAAAAAAAAAAAAAUUCUUGCACCAAACUUAAGUAAAGACUUAUAAACACCUAAAUGGAAACAUUCCUGUCAUUCAGACAGUGAUCUCAGGAUUGAAAUGCAGCUCUUUUACACCGAACGAAUGAACGGUGAACAGUGUUUUCAGGUUCAUGACACAAUGUGGUGCUUUGAUGAAACCACUGGAUUUCAUUCCUUCUGUUCUGUGAAUUAUAAGGGUAAUGUAGCAUUAAGUGCCUUAAAAAAAAAUAUGUAUAUAUAUAUAUAUAUAUAUAUAUAUAUAUGUUUUUUUUUCAAUCAUUUCCUUAUUUGAAGCAGAAACAGGUUCUUUUUUAAAGUCUUAAUAUGGUUUACUUAAAGAAAGCACUUUUGAAAUAUAAGCUGUUUUUGUCUUUGUUACCUGUGGAUUCCACCUGUGGGAAAAUGUCUUUUGUUUUUGCUAAUCAUAUGAAUGUAUAUUUGCACGUUUAUCAUCUGGUUUUACUCGCCACUAUUUUUUUCCCCCAGAACUUAAAUUGUUAUUAUUAUUUUUAAAAAAUCGAAUCCAUUAAAUAG